AUGAACUACGAAGCACUGGAAAGGCUCCGAGGGCACGCAAUCCCUUCACACGACUUCCUCGUUCCUCCGUCUCGUGCAGGAAUUUACUCGGAAGGUACCGCGAAUCUCCGUAAUAGAUGCGUCAUUGGAAGCGAGCCCAGCCGCCAAAGCUCCUCUCUCAAAGCCAAUCCGGAUUAA